AGUGCAUGGUUAUAAUGGCAUCUAGCUAAAGUGGAUGGAGUCUGACCUUGACUUAUUUAUUGAAGACUUCUGUCCACCCAGGACAAACAGGGCAUGGACAUAAAACUUGCUGCUUCUCGACUCUAUGAUGACGAGAAGGCCAACAGAAACACAGAAACCUCUACUGAACUGAAAACACUGCGUGGUAACAUCAUGGCUAUUCUCAAUAAGAUAACACCAGACAACUUCAAAGUGCUGAGUGUAGAGAUGUUAGAACUGAAUAUAGAUAACAAGGAGAAAGUUGGAAUUGCAGUGGAGAUGAUAUUUGAGAAAGCUGUGUUGGAGCCCAUAUACCAUCAGACUUAUGGUAACCUUUGUAAGGUAAUGGGCGCGAUGAAGACCCCAGAGGAACAAACCACCAAAUUGUCUCCCUUUAGCAAGGCACUUCUCAGAAAAUGCCAAAUCGAGUUUUUCAGGGUGGAUAAUCAUGAAUAUAAACUUAACAAGCAGAUGGGAGAACUACACUUGCAAGCUGACCUAGUAGAAAAUGAAAAGCAGAAUCAAGGAGAAAAAGAGGACUCAUUGUACAAGCGAAGUAAAUUGAAGAAAAGGAUGCUGGGUACGAUCCAGUUUAUCGGGGUACUCUUUAAUAUGGACUUGCUCUCAACAAAGAUCAUCACCCAAUGUUGUUUAAGUUAUCUUCUGACGAAGAAGAAAGAAGGAAAACUUGGCGACGAAGUAGUCGAAUGUAUCUCUAAACUGUUCUCGACUGUCGGUCUCAAGCUUGAAAAUGAGUGUGAUGUUGAGUUUGAGAAAGGUUUCCGCGAUUUCCGCGAUUUGGGAUCAGAUCCAACCUACGGGUCUCGAAUCCGGUUCAUGAUACAAGACACAGUGGAACUUCGUCACAACAACUGGAUACCUCGUCGCAUUGAAGCUAUGCCUCAGACAAUCGAGGAUAUUCACAAUGAAUAUGCGAGGGAGAAGAAGGAGAAGGAGGUGGAGGCGGAGGCCGCUACCAGAUGGUGGAAAUCUCAGAAGAAAAGGGAGAAAAACAGAUAUUGAUUUCGCAUGAGUCAGAAGUCAGGCUGGUAUACCCGAAAUAUUCAACCUAUUGUAUACUAUUCAUGUACGACAAACUUUGAAAGAGGUGAUUUUAGAAUAUUCUUGUUUGAAUUUAAGUUGGUAUAAAUUAGAGGUUCGAGAUUACAGUUCACUUCAAUUUGUCCACUAUCAAUGAGAGGAAGCUUCAAUUCCAGCCGUCCAGUUUGGUGCAUUAUGCUUCAAGUUAUGAGUUCUAAAUUGUGAUCUUGGUUAGCGAAUGUGCUCCGUCCUAGAGCGUUAUUGGGUUUUUUAACUAAUAAACUUAUUUUUAUGUCUAACUUAUUUUGGAUAGAUGCAGAUAUUUAUUAAUGCGAUAAUAUUAUUUAAUAUCAUGUUGAAUUACGAUUUACCAUUGGUUGAUGAUGCGUGAAGAAGUUAAUAAAUUGCAAUUACUAGUACGUGCUAAAACAAACUGGUAGAACUUCCUCCGUGUUACCCACAUAAAUUAAAUAGACUUAAGUUCUGGUAUGGUGGGAGAUGACAUUACCGAAAUUUACCGGGUAGUUAAAAUUACAUAAUAUUUCAAAUCGCUGAACAAAUCGCGGUGAAUAUGACAUUAGUCUGUACUCUUAAAACAUGUAAUUUGAGGAUACAAUAUGUGACUAUCGGGAAAAGUUAAUCGAAUACGUACCUAUACCUGUUAUAUCGAAUCAAUCGAAGACAUUUAUAUCUUUAUAUCAAUAGUUACUGUUGUGAAAUUUUUACAGUCAAUCCUAAAUUUUUGGAAUUUGUUAAAGGGUUUGGUUUUUCUUGUUUACGUUUUAAUAUUUAAUUAUGGAACGUAACUGUUUAAAAUAACAUUAGUUUGCUCCUUGUGAGUUUAUCGAUAUAAUAGCAAUGAUAUUAGAUUAUUCAUUGUUAUUUAAAUUAUUCAAUGCAAAGGUAAAAACAGCAGUUGGUAAACAGACUUUAUAGAAUUAUAGCUAACAGACUACUGCACGUGCUACUAACGGACUACUGCACGUGCUACUAACGGACUACUGCACGUGCUGCUACAGGGCACGUGACCAUUAGAUAGAAAGUGCUUGUCAGAGUGUGUGGUGUACAUAGUGACCCUGACCGUGCGGAGGGUUAGGAGCACCACGGAGUGUACUUUCUAGCAUUAGUAAGUUAGUACAACAGCUCAACAGUGCAAACCAAUGAAGCAUGCAAACCCAAGGGAUCAUAUCUAACGGAAUUGUCCACCAGUCGGAACUGUUAGCGAACGGACUGUAAAGUCUGUCAGUAGUCCUGAAUUCUUAUAUUUCCAUGAUUACGAUUUUGUAUUUUCUUCGUGACUCGUGAAAUUCAGAUCUAUAAAAAUUACAAUAAAAUAUGAACCUAUAUCACAAAAAUAUGUUGGUACUUAUUUAUC